AAGGACAGCAGCAAGGGAGUGAGUCCCUCAUGCGAAAGGUAAGAUGUGGAAGCAAUUCCUCUGGCUGAGGCUCCGCAGUCUUGCCCUUGGGGGCCUGGACAGACCCCACUGGCUACUCUCCCUGGCGCUGGGCAGUGGACAAAGCCCACGGGGCUACACCCAGUACCACCUGCUCUCGCAGGGCCCAAGGAAGACAAGGCUCUUCUACAGGCAUCUCAGGGAACACAGCAGCAGCUGCUGGGGCCUUGCAGGCUUUCACCAGAAAAUUGUGGGCGGAAACUUCCCGGGGUUUGCUCUGAGCCGGUUUGAGGCUUCUCAGCUUCAGAUGCAAAGUAAGUGGGUGUCUCUUUGAGAAGCAGAAAGACAGAAGGAAAGAGAGAACGAGAGAGGUGUUUCCCUUGCCUAUGGAAACUCUAUAAAGACAGAGCUGAGUUUUCUUCCCUGGAGCAGUCAGAAACAGCGGUCCUGGUCUUGACAUCUUCACUGGGGGCCAGCCCGAGGAACAGGCUGCCAUGCAGCAGCCCCUGAAUUACCCAUACCCUCAAAUCUACUGGGUGGACAGCAGGGCCAGUUCUCCCUGGGGCCCUCCAGGGUCGGUCCUCCCUUGUCCAUCCUCUGUGCCAGGAAGGCCUGGACAAAGGAGGCCGCCACCGCCGCCACCACCAACACUACCACCACCGCCACCGCCACCACCACUGCCCCCACUGCCAUUGCCACCUCUGAAGACGAGGAGGGACCACAACACAGGGCUGUGUCUUCUUGUGAUGUUUUUCAUGGUUCUGGUGGCCCUGGUUGGACUGGGGCUGGGGAUGUUUCAGCUCUUCCACCUCCAGAAGGAGCUGGCUGAACUCAGAGAGUCCACCAGCCAAAAGCAUGUAGCAUCAUCUUUGGAGAAGCAAAUAGGUCAACUCAAUCCACCCUCUGAAAAAAGGGAGCUGAGAAAAGUGGCCCAUUUAACAGGCAAGCCCAACUCAAGAUCCAUCCCUCUGGAAUGGGAAGAUACAUAUGGAAUUGCCCUUGUCUCUGGGGUGAAGUAUAAGAAGGGUGGCCUUGUGAUCAAUGACACUGGGAUGUACUUUGUAUAUUCCAAAGUGAACUUCAGGGGUCAGUCCUGCAACAACCAACCCCUGAACCACAAGGUCUACAUGAGGAACUCUAAGUAUCCCCAGGACCUGGUGCUGAUGGAAGGGAAGAUGAUGAACUACUGCACUACUGGCCAGAUGUGGGCCCGCAGCAGCUACCUGGGGGCAGUAUUCAAUCUCACCAGUGCUGACCAUUUAUAUGUCAAUGUAUCUGAAUUAUCUCUGGUCAGUUUUGAGGAAUCUAAGACAUUUUUUGGCUUAUAUAAGCUCUAAGAAAAGCACUUUGGGAUUCUCUCCAUAUGGUUCCUUGUUACAGGCACUGAGAAUAUGAUCUUGAAUGAGAGUCUUCUUAAGCCCACUUGAGGUCAAGUGAGAAGACAUGAGCCAAGUAGACCUUGAGACUACAGGGUCCAGCAGGUCUACAGUUCCUCAUCUCACUGUAGAUGUCCAUCUGUCUGGUCCAUGUGCCAGACAGGAGGGGGAAUAUGACUGAAGAACAUGAGACUCUCGCUGCCAUGUGAAGAUGCAGAGGCAGGGAGAAGCAGCUACCAAGGUGUUCUACACUCAUCUUAAGUGGCCAAAAGCAUUUUGGCCCAUUGGAAAGGACAAUUAACUCACCUCUUGGGGUGAGUUUACUGUCUACCUCAGGGGAGGCUGCCUUUCAGAUAUAUGGAUGUGACAUGAGUGUAUAAGGGAUGGAAAAAGAAGACUAGGCUUGCAUGAUAAGCUAAAGAGACUAAAAGGCCAGUGUCCCAUUGGCAGCAUCUUUUUUUUUUUCAAAAUUUUUUGUAACGUUUAUUUAUUUUUGAGACAGAGAGAGACGGAGCAUGAAUGGGGGAGGGGCAGA